AUAAAUAUCACGCCUCACAGCCUUAUUUCGCUAUUUCAACCUCGAAGAUCUUUCAAGAGAGAACCCGUCGCUUUUACUCACGAUUCGCUCCGUCAGCUCUUACCAAUACCGUCACACUUUGUUUUAUUUAUUCAAGAUCUAUUUCACCUGUAAGUUCCUUUUCCUUUCUGCUUCCUUUUUAUUUUUAUUUUUGCCCAAGAAUUUUUUCUUUUAUUGAGAACGUCAGUCUAGGAACUUAGGGUGUAUCCGUCACUUGUAGGUAGUCAGAUGUCAAGUGACGCGUCGAGUGAUCAGUCGUCAGUCCGCGAUGGAGCGGGCUACGACGAAGUCUUUGGCUCAGGUCAAGAGUCCGACGGCUUUUUGGAGUCGUCAGGAAGAGAAACGUCCGCCCAAUCCCUUAGUAUUGACGUAGAGGACCGUGUUGAGGGAGUCAGGGAAGAGGUGUUAAGUGAGGUUGAGGUCGAGAGGGUCGACAAGGAAGUUGUUGACGACGGGACCUGGGAGGAAGGUGACGUAGAGAUCGAUAGUGACGAAGAUAGGGGUGACGGUAGCGAGGUUAGUAGUGACGGUAAUGAGGAUGAGGAUGACGAAGAGUCCAGUGAGGGAACUUCAGGGAGUUCUGGAGGUAACCGUCCCUUCAUCCUUCCAGAGGAGUGGGCCGUCAAUAAAUUUCUCCCAAAGAUGAGCAACAGAGUUUUUUCUGAGUUGCGUAUCCGUUUCCAGAUCCCAGAUCACAUUCCCCUCCGUCUCCCUAAAAAGAAUGAGAAGUGUUAUACAGGGAGGACGGCUGAUGUGGGGAUGUAUGACGCCAUGUUCGCAGCUGGCCUUAGGCUCCCACUGACGGCUUUACACCGUCAGCUGGCGGAUUUCUUAGGAUUGUCCGUCAGCCAGAUCUCUCCGAAUGCCUGGAGGAUCUUUAUUGGAGCUGAGGUUCUUUGGGGUCGCUUGAGUGGGGGGAACCGUCAACUUUCGCUAGACGAGUUCUUUUACUGCUACAGACCCCAGCACAAAGUAUCCGCCAAGGGGACAUAUCACUUCGCACCUCGUGAAAAGAACUUAAGAUUGGUGUUUGAUAUGCCGGAUUCAAAUAGGAAUUGGAAAAAUAGAUUUUUCUUUGUUAAAGGGACGGACUGGGUGUGUCGCCCGGAUGAAUGGGAUAAGUUGCCCGGGGGUUAUUUUGAUAACACUUGGGCUUAUAUUAGGGAGUCAGGUUGCCCCCGUCUCUUUCUUUUUACCGUCGCUUUUCAUUUUCACCGUCUCUUUUUAACACUGUUUCCUUGUCUCAGCCAUCACUCGUCCGGAGGUGUCUGACGAACAGAGGGAUUUCAUCCGUCGGAUACUCACCAUCUCACUUGAGCAACGUAGGUGUAGGGACUUGAUAACCCUAGACACUCUACAUUUGUAUUGUGGUGGUCCUGAGCCGACGGUCGAAGCACGGAAGUUGGAAGAAUUUUCAAGAAAACAGAUGGAGGCUGCGAAGCAAAGGGUGAGGGCCGCUGCCGCCCGUAAGAAGGAAGAAGAUAAAGCUAAGGGGAAGGAUGGAGCGUCAACUCCUCAUUCCUCCUUGAAGGGCUCAAUCAAGAGGAAAUCUGACGGAAAGGA